ACAUUUUAAUACGUCAUGUGACAGGCAUCGAAAAGCAUGGCCGGCAAUGUAGAAGGACGCAACUUGUCAGGGCCACAGGACUCCAUCUUGGAGCCGCUGUCGUUCCCGGAAAGGCCGUGUCGCGGGACGUCCCCAGAGCAGGGCGAGGCCGUGCCCUGUGUCCUGUGCUCGGAGUCCUCCCCCCUGUCCGAAAAGGAGUCCUUUCUCCGCCACCUGGUCCAGCAGCACAAACUGGUCAUCGCUGACGUCAAACUCAUCGCAGAUUUCACAAGAUACGUCUUGUACUGGAGAAAAAGAUUUACGGAGCAGCCCAUCACAGAUUUCUGCAGCGUGAUCAAGACCAAUUCAGAGGGCCCCGUCGAGAAACAGGAGCACUACUUCCUCCUGUGUGACGCUCUUCCAGAGGACAGAAUUCUGAGGGAGCAGCUGCAGCAGAAACGGCUGGAGGAGGUCCUGGAGCAGCAGCAGCAGGAGCGGGACGACCAGAGCUUCCAGAGAAUGUGCCUCUUCUGCAACGACGAGUUCACAGGAAACAGGUCUUUGCUCCUGAAUCACAUGGCCAAAGAGCACUCCUUCAACGUGGGUCUGCCCGACAACAUCGUGUACUGCUGCGAGUUCCUCAGCGCCCUGCAGUCGAAGCUGGACAGUUUGCAGUGUCUGUACUGCGAGAGGACCUUCAGAGACAAGACCACACUGAAGGAUCACAUGAGGAAGAAGCAGCAUCGCCGGAUAAACUCCAAGAACCACGAGUACGACAGAUUCUACGUCAUCAAUUACUUGGAACUGGGGAAGACCUGGGAGGAGGUGCAGUCGGAGGACGACCGUGAGAUGGAGGAUGACCAGGAUGACGAUUGGUCAGACUGGCAGGCCCACCCCAUGCGUGCAGUCUGCCUCUUCUGCGAGUGCCAAUCAGAGACCAUGGACAAGGUUUACACACACAUGCAGGAAAGCCACAAGUUUGACCUUCAGAAGUUAAAGGCCGAUCUCGAUCUCAGGUUUUACCAGCAGGUGAAACUGGUGAACUACAUUCGGCGGGAGAUCCACCAGUGCCGUUGCUACGGUUGCCAGGAGAAGUUUGGCUCCAGGGCCGAGGUGGUCGGGCACCUGGCGGAGGCGUCGCACGCGAUGAGCGUGCCCGAGAGGAGCCGCUGGGAUCAGCCUCAGUACUACUUCCCCACCUAUGAAAACGACGCCCUUCUCUGCGGCCUGUCGGACAGCGAGAGCGACUCCGAGCCCGGGGGGCGGGGCAGAGGCCUCCCGGUUAUCGCCGAGGACGAUUCGGACCUGCGGGUCCUGAGGGAGACCAGCGUUCUGAACCGGCUGCUGAGGGACGGGCGCGGCUCCACGUAGGCGUGGCUCCACACGCUGCACAACCAGCCUUCAUAUUCCAUCUCGGUCAACUAACGUACCAGUAAACGGACGCUGCAUCGCAAGGGAACACACUUAAAUAAAUUAAAUUCAAAGACAA